CAGCAAGGGCUUGACCGGCUGCCUGCGUGUAUAUAUACAAGGGAGGCUGCCUUGUGCCUUCAGUGUGUCUCCUCUGAAGCCACAGAACCAGCAGCGUCAUGAUCCGAUCCCUUGCCUCCACCCUCCUCCUGGCUAGCCUGGUGCUCGCUAAGCCAACUUUAGUCCCGAAGUACGGCCUUCCUGCGCCACCGGUUUACCCAGCCGCGCCGCCCAAGUACGCCUUCGAGUACGCCGUCAACGCCCCUCACGCCGGGAACCACUUCGGCCACUCGGAAGCUCGGGACGGCUACAGGACCGACGGCGAGUACUUCGUCCACCUCCCCGACGGGCGCGUCCAGACCGUCACUUACUACGCCGACCAGACGGGUUACUACCCUACAGUGCACUACAAGGGCGCGGCUGUUUACCCAACCGCCCCUGCUUACCACGCCCCCGCCCCCGCCUACCACGCCCCCGCCCCCGCCCCCGCUUACCACGCCCCCGCCCCCGUCCCCGCCUACCACGCACCGGUCCAUGGCCACCACUAGACAAGCUUUACCGAGUGUCGCCAUUCGAAUGCACAGCGGAAAAAAUACAACCGUAAAUUGUACAUGAUAAUAGCAAUAUGAAAAACACAAAUCAUCACAUAAUGCGAUCAGUAACUACGAUGGUCAAGAUAUUCCCUGCAACUUUGUGCAACUACACUGCAUUUACAGGAACAAACAAUAAGCAUACAACACUUGGCAUAAUGUAAUUGGAAAUAAAAAAUCGAAUGAAA